AUGGCGAUUCUACCACCCCCCGCCCGCCGCCGCCAGCACCGCCGCUACGAUACAGCGACGGACAGCGACGCCUCCGCACGGCGUCGAUCAAUAACACCGUCGUUGGCGACGCCGGCGUCGAGAGCGUCGUCGCGCUUACAAGGGAUCGGCGGCGCGACGCGAGGCGUCGCGUUAUCCGCGACGAGAGCCGUUACUCCGAGCGUCGUCGGCGGUGCAGCGGCGCAGCAGCGGCAAUCCAGUGCGAAUUUCCUGCGUGAGAAUAACGUACGGCAACGGGCAUGUGAUUUGGGACAGUCCCGUCGUGAUUUAUCACAAACGAGGGACACACGUCCGGCAACGACGGGAGAGAGGCUAGUGCCGAAUCGUCGAGGUCCCACCCACGACAUGGCCAAGAACGUAGGGGAGAGUCGGAUACCUGUUCCACGGGCAGCGCGGCCGUCGUUCUUCCCGAAAUCGAGAGUACUCGAGGCGUCGAGGCUCCUGACGGGAAGUCGCCGUUCAACGAUCUUCUCGGGAUGCUUUCAGUUUAACAGUGAGGACGAAUCCCCUACUACGCGGGACAAGUUCUCGGAAUUCGCAACGUCUACGCCCAAUAUCAAAGCUGAUUCGACGACAGAUCAGACAUUCUCGUUAUCACCCGCAUGGGACAUCGACAAGAACGAUGUGCAACAAUUGGUACAUCUCAGCGAGGAGAAAAGUAGCUUGUUCAGGCUACUGGAAGAUUCUCAGCUGAGCAUGAUCGAGGAUAAGGCAUUUCUUGUAGACUCGAGCCUAGGUAGUUAUAGUGAUGCGAGUGCAACGCCGCAUUAUUUGAUGCUAAACAAACAGAACUCCUUCGAGCACGACGAGAGUCUCGGUAUAUUGACGCCGGACCAGAUGACCGAUUUCACAGUGGCACUGGAAUGCUCCAGGACACCAUCCUGCGAGAAUCUCACUGGAUCGGCCGGCUCGAAAUUGGCAUUGACCCGAGCGUCCGGUUCGACGAGGCCACUGAUAGACGUGGAACCCGCGGAGGAGGGUUGUACCGAGAGAACACCCUCGCCACUCGAAGAAUUGCCACUCGAUCCUAAACCCGUGGAACCGAUCAGAGGUAACGCCGUGCCGGUGAGCUUUGUCACAUCAGUCACGAGCAUUACUAGUCUCGAAGCGGGCUACCAGGGAGACGGCGAAAAUUCGAGACCGGCUAGCCGCGGCGCGGAUCCACCAUCCAUGGCGGUACCGCCGGUCAACCUUCCCGCACCCUGUCGCCAGGAUCCGAUGACCGACUCGGAUUUUUUUACCGAAAGCGAUGCCGACGCGCACGAAGAGAUUGUGCGGGGCGACAGGAAGGCACAAGUGAUCGAUGGCACGCUGUUCUGCGCACCGGGCGAACGUGUAUGUCCCAGCUUCACCGGGGAGGAGAUGGACUCGAGUGGAAUUUACUCGGACUUGGACAAGUUACAAGCGCCUGGUGAGCAAGCACCGGAAGAGAACGAUGAUCAUACCCCCGAUACCGGAGAUACCGAGCUUUCCCAAAGAAGUCAACCCUCGCCCAUCGCGGCGAACGUUAUUAUGGAUUAUUUGCAAAAUCCUGUAAAUACAUCGGAUGAAACAAACAAAGUGAAUGAUACGACGACCUCUACCGGAACUACCAUUAUUGAAAAAGUUGAGAAGAACGAAAACAUCAGGUCUAAACCACAGAAUAAGGCCGAUACAGUGCCUUUAAAAAAAUAUAAAAUGCCGAAAAGAAACGUUGUCUCGAAGAUCAAAGCAAUGAUCGAGUCGUCUUCGAAAGAUGAUGCGGAAAAAGAAGCGCGACGUUCUCAAAGAUCAACUAGAAAGGGUGGGCGCUGGGAUGCCGUGAUGAAUAAAAUAGAAGCUGGUAAAAAUGAGCAGAGAACGAGGUGCGCUAGGAAAGAAGUAAAAUCGCGAGUAUUACAAAAUCUCACUUUAUCACCUUCCGCAAGACCAACGUUAAAGAAAGCCGGCGAUGCGAACAACAAUAAUAAUAAAGACAAGCGGAGAAUGCGUGGCUGGCAAGAAAUGAAAUCACCGACGCAGGAAACGGCGAGGAGUUCCGUUCGUAGUUCCAUGAGCGAUCUCAGUAGUGGUCCAAGUAAAGAUAUACCAAAGAGAUCGCCGACGUCCGCGAACCCGCCCCGGAGAUUCGUCUCAAAUGGCCAUGCUAAUCAUCAUCCGGUCCGCGUCAACAGUUUCGACGCGAAGAAGAAUUGCAUCGACGUGGCGACGGUGGAACUCGAGAAGAGCCCGCCGUUGGCGCGAAAGCCCGCAAUAACGAGGAAAUUAGCGGCCAACGUCAUUGUGAAGCAAAAAUCCACCGCAGCGUCGAUAAAAGAUCGUGAGUCCAAGGAGACUCAUCACAACAACACCUUCACGGUGAGGACGUCGCCGGAGACGCGCGACCAGGCCGCGCAGACCAGCGUGCCCUACGUGGAUUUCCGCACGGAACAAGUGGAACGUGCCGCACAGGCGCUCGCGGUGAGCGUACACUACUUGGCGUUCGAGCUGGAUGCGUUCGCCACUCCUAAGCUGAAGAAGGAUUUCGAGAAGCUGAAGGCCGACUACGAGGAGAUGAAGAACGAGCGGUCGGCCCUUCUCUCGGAGAUCGACGUUUUGCGCGCGAGAUGCGUCAGCAUGGAGGAGAGACUCGAGGCGGAGACGGAGGACCAUCGUAAAGCUCUGGAUCAGCUUCGCGAUGAGCUGGAAGCCCACAGAGUGAAACAGGUCGCCACGCUUGUCGAAACUUUGAAAGAAGAAAGGCGCAAGUACGACGUCAGGCUAGACGAAGUCACAAGAGAGCAUCGCGCGACAAUUGCGAAAUUACGUGCCGAACAGAUCAACGAGCUAGCUCGCAAAGAGGAGAUGAGAAGAUCCGUGGUUCACGAUCAAGGUGCCGCACUGAUGGCAGAAAUCGAAUCGCUAAGAUCCGUGCUCGAACUGAAGAGCCAAGAAAACGCGGCCCUUCGAUCCGAGCUCGACAGUUACAGACGUGAUAUCGAGGAAAAGGAUGCCUUACAAGUGCGACUCGAUAUGGCGGAAGCCAGAUGUGAGGACUUGAAGGCUCAGCUUCAGCGAAAGGAGUCCUUCGAACGGCAAAUCUCGCACGAGAAUGAAAUGCUUCACGAAUCGAUUCAUCAGGUCUCGAAGCACAAUAAGCGAUUGUCGCAACGGAACGAAGAGCUACAAUGGAAGCUGCGAAAUAAAAACGAUUGGGUGAGCGUUCUUGCAAAUCAGCUGACUCCACGGUCGACCCGAUCCGCAGGCCCGGAACAAUCAGAUCACAGCUAUUCGCUCGAUAAAAAUGGUGCGCACUCAUCGUCGAUGAAGUUUAUGGUUGAAAAAGGCGCUUCUGUCUCUUGGACAUUAGAGAUCGACGAUCUGUCGAAAGGAUCUUCUGACUCGCUUAGCACAUUACCGAAAGUAGCUAGAUCAUCCGAGGGUGCGAUGACGGUUUCUAGGCAAGGAUCGCUCAGAUUGACGCCGAACACUAGACCCAUGGAUACCAGAGCGAGAUCGAAGAGUAUCUCUACUACGUGCGAUUCAGCGCGGGCCGCAGCAGUGGAGGAGGCAGCCGCAUGGUCACCGUCAUUCAUGUCGACGCCAAUUUCACGACGACGUCCUAGAAAGGAACAAUCGUCACCCUCCUCGUCAUCUUCUUCAUCGUCUUCCACAUCAUCCGCGACACCGACUGUGAAUUCUGCAGUGGCCGCCGCGGUAGCGGCAGCUGCGGCAGCAGCAGCGGCGGCGGCGGAUGAUUGCAAUGUCGGCAGCGGUCAGAGACCUCAAGAAGCUGGCGGGGAAGCGAUGAUCUCCGAGGAAACUUCGGCGUCCAGCAGCGAGGACGAGUCGUCCACCGGUAGCGAUAUCCCCCGGCUGGGAAUACAGUUUGCUUGGGGCAAGCCGAUCAAGUAACACCCGAGCGAACGAUCGCGGCCUGCUAUUACCUGUCUACGCGUUCCUUCUCCCGCGUAACAGCGCUAUCUCGAAUCGCGAAUUAUCGUACGGCCGCUAUCUUUGUUCUCUUGCCUACAAUGGAGUCGUUUCUCGACGUGCAUUCAUUGCAGAUCUUCGUUGAUCAUUCCCCUUCGUCCGUUUGCAGAUAUAUUUACGUUUCGUAUUAUGUAACCGCGUCUCUUAUAUUUUAUUUUUAAUUUCAACUGAGACACCCGGCUGAUAUUCGAAGCGAGAGGAGUUAUUAUGUUUUGCGUCUUAAAGUAAACGUGCUGCGCGAUCCAUGCGAUUCAUGCGACUCCGGAAUAAUAAUGUUGUGAGUUAGAGAGAUGUUUAAGAAUGAAUUCCACGAUGUAUUUUA